AUGACUCGGAAAGGGCUGCAUUCUGUAGCUGUCUGGGGAUUCAUCGCUUGGGAAAUAGCAGUUUUACUGAGUCUGGUGGCGUCCAAAGAACCGGACAACCCCCGAGGCAGAGCUGUGCCCAUGUCUCCCUCAGAUUUCUUGGAUAAGCUCAUGGGGAGGACCUCGGGAUACGACGCCAGAAUCAGGCCCAAUUUUAAAGGUCCACCUGUUAAUGUUUCCUGCAACAUAUUCAUCAACAGCUUUGGGUCUAUCGCAGAGACGACAAUGGACUACAGAGUAAACAUAUUUCUCCGGCAACAGUGGAACGAUCCCAGAUUAGCGUACAGCGAGUAUCCCGAUGAUUCUUUGGACUUGGACCCUUCUAUGUUGGACUCCAUCUGGAAGCCCGAUUUGUUCUUUGCCAAUGAGAAAGGGGCUCAUUUUCACGAAGUCACGACCGACAACAAGUUACUGAGAAUAUUCAAAAACGGAAACGUCCUCUAUUCUAUAAGGCUGACCUUAACCCUGUCCUGCCCGAUGGAUUUAAAGAAUUUUCCCAUGGACGUGCAGACUUGUAUAAUGCAGUUGGAAAGCUUUGGCUACACAAUGAACGACCUUAUCUUUGAAUGGCAAGAGAACGGACCAGUACAGGUAGCGGAUGGACUCACACUCCCACAGUUCAUCCUGAAGGACGAAUCAGAUCUGCGAUACUGUACCAAGCAUUACAAUACAGGCAAGUUCACGUGCAUCGAAGUGCGUUUCCACCUGGAACGUCAGAUGGGCUAUUACCUGAUUCAGAUGUACAUUCCCAGCCUGCUCAUCGUCAUCCUGUCCUGGGUAUCGUUCUGGAUCAACAUGGAUGCCGCUCCCGCCCGCGUGGCUUUGGGUAUCACCACCGUCCUCACCAUGACGACCCAGAGCUCCGGAUCCAGGACGUCACUACCCAAGGUGUCUUACGUCAAAGCCAUAGAUAUCUGGAUGGCUGUCUGUCUCCUCUUUGUCUUCUCUGCUCUGUUGGAGUACGCUGCGGUCAACUUCGUUUCCAGACAACACAAGGAACUGUUACGAUUCCGCCGACGGAGAAAGAAGUCGUCAAAGGAGGAGGACGUUCGGGAGAGUCGACUGAGCUUUACCCCCACGGCAGCGGGGGCGUGUAACGCGGGGAAGGACGGGGCCGUACCCAAAAACGCCAACAACGCCACCCAACAGCCGCCAGCCCCCGGAACAACCGGCAAAAGUCACGAGGAGAUGAGGAAGCUGUUCAUUGACCGCGCCAAAAAGAUCGACACCGUGUCGCGUGCCGGAUUUCCCCUGGCCUUCCUGUUUUUUAACAUUUUCUACUGGGUCCUUUACAAGAUCCUCCGCCACGAGGACGUGCACAAACCGUAACGUGGCCCGG